UAACUGCUACCGACAAGCACCAAACUACACGUCCCAGAAAGCCUGUCACCUGAAUGAGGAAAAAAAGUCAGUCACUGUGACGACCUUGGAUAUCGACUGCACUGCAAGCAUGGCGAAUAAAGAACCCAGCAGUUUCUUAGCCAACCUAAGAGACCUGGCCGGUCGAAUGUCUGGCGCAGGGGGCAAAGGAGCUGGGAUUGGUCUCAAACUGCUCAUUGGGGCUGGUGCUUUGGCCUAUGGUGUCAAAGAAGCAACGUUUACAGUGGAUGGAGGUCAGAGAGCCAUUAUCUUCAACAGAAUCGGGGGCAUGCAGAUGGACACAGUGCUGUCUGAGGGACUGCACUUUAGGAUACCAUGGAUCCAGUACCCAAUUAUUUAUGACAUCAGAGCCAGACCCAGGAAGAUCGCAUCACUAACUGGAAGCAAAGAUCUGCAGAUGAUAAACAUUGGGCUGCGCGUGCUGUCCCGUCCCGUUGCCUCCAACCUGCCCGCUAUGUACCAGCAGCUGGGCAAGGACUAUGACGAGAGAGUAUUACCCUCCAUUGUCAACGAGGUGCUGAAGAGCGUGGUGGCCAAGUUCAAUGCCUCACAGCUCAUCACUCAGAGAGCGCAGGUGUCUUUGCUGAUUCGGCGGGAGCUGUUCGAGAGAGCCAAAGAUUUCAACAUCAUCCUGGAUGAUGUGGCCAUCACAGAAUUGAGCUUCAGCAGAGAGUACACUGCUGCUGUGGAGGCCAAACAAGUUGCCCAGCAGGAGGCCCAGAGAGCUCAGUUCUAUGUGGAGAAAGCCAAACAGGACCAGAGACAUAAGAUUAUCCAGGCGGAGGGAGAGGCCGAGGCUGCCAAGAUGUUGGGACAAGCGGUGACAAAGAAUCCUGGAUACCUGAAGCUUAGACGAAUCCGAGCAGCCCAGGCCAUUGCUAAGACGGUGGCAACAUCCCAGAACAAGGUGUACCUUUCUGCAGACAACCUGGUCCUCAACCUGCAAGAUGAAUCUUUUAACAGAUUAUCACUGGGAAAGAAGUAGACUUUUUAGAACGCUGUAGCAUUCCACCUGUCUGAGGCUCCAUCCACAGCCAAGACCUGUCUGUCUACCUGCCUCAAUCUCUGGGUUAAAUUUCCAAGUGGCUUAACAACUCAACUAAAGAAUACCGUCAAGCAUUGGAUGGCAAUGUACAAUAGGCCUCUGUGACUAAUGCUGUAUAUAUGACACAGCUAAGGCCAGAUGGAGUUCUGUUAAUAAUUCUCUCCUAAUAAAUUAUUUUUGUGGAUUCAAAGCAAUCCAAAUAGAAAUAGCUUCUAACAUGUAGUCAGCUGCUCUUAGGUUUGCAGCUAAUGUGGUAAUUGGUUUUAAAAAUAUAUGUAUAAUUCUGUCUGGCCCUAGAUGUGUUUCUAGGGACAGCGGGUCUACUGUACACUCCGGUUCAUUGGAAGCAUCUGAGCGUAAUUGGUCUGGUGUGAGCAUGAAGAAUGACUAUUGAAGUGGUAUACAAUUGUUUGCCUUCACAUUUAAAGCUUUAUGUUUUGGAAUGAAGAUGAAAUGAUUACUUUAUUGAUGCUGCAUUUACAUAAGUGGAGCUCCAUUCUGCUCAUUUAUUUGGCAAUAGUGCUGAUCUGAUUGGCCAGAAGACAAAUAAGUGAAAAAAGAUUUGACUGCCUCUAAAUGCAGCAUUGUCUUUUCUUUUCUAUAAAAAUGAUGUAAACAGUGGGGCCUUACUGCCCUAUUGAUGUUGUUUUUAAAUUAUGACCAUGCUGAUACCAUUGCUAUUUUACAGUACUGCUACACAGUGAUAUCUGCCAAGAAGAUUCCAUCCAUUAGUUCAAAGCAGAGAGGCUGAGCCGUCUUAGUAUUAUUCAGUUAUUGACCAUCAGCAGAUUGAGAUGACAAAAAAUAAAAGGGGACAGAAAAAAUAAAUCGUUUUUAUUUGAAA